AUGAACGAGACCUCUGGGCGGGCCGGCAUCAUUCGCGCUCGUGAUGAUGCUUCCAGUGUGGACAGGCUGGUUCAUUCAGUCCUGGACGAUGUGCUCUACAACGUCCUGUCCGAUCUGGUCAUGAAGACGCACCGCGAUGAAAAGACGGCAAAAGCAACAACAGCAGCCAUCCAAGUCGAAAAGGCCGCUUCCGAUGCCUCAGAUAGCUCGUCACCCGAUUCAAGGCCCGAUAUUCGAGUCGAGACAGAUUUUGCCGUCUAUGAGGAAGGCAGAGUGCUACUCAAGGGCAACCCGCUCCAGACCAUACAGGACAUUCUAUGCCCCAAGUGUCAUUUGCCCCGAUUAUUGCACCCGACGGAUGGCAAAGGUGCGCGGAAGCCCGACCCGGCCGUCAUCUACUGCAAGAAACACCCAUACAUUGAUAAACCCGGAUGCGACAUCUACGGUCAGAGCUGGGUGGCCCCCGGCCCUGGACGAGGUAAGAAGAAGAAGGACGUGGAAAAAAAAGAAGACGGCACUCCGGAGCAGCGACCGCCCAAUGUGCUUUCUUUUCCGUCCGCCACGUGCAGUAAAUGCAAGCGCUGUAUCCUCGUCACCCGACUGAAUAACCACAUGGGCUCCUGCAUUGGCAACAGCGGUCGAAACGCCAGCCGAGCUGCGGCCCAGAAGCUCAACGGCAACUCCCAGAACGAUUCCACCCCUCCGUCGUCACAAAAGGCAACGCCAGCCCCUGGCUCCCGCGCUGCCAGCCCGAGGAAACGAGAUGCCAGCGAGGAGAAUGACGACUCCGACACGAGCCAUCAAAAGAAAAAACUGAAGGCCACCCCCAACCUGACCAAAAAGGUCAUCAUCAAGACGAAGCCGACGUUCAAAAAGGAAAAGCCCAAGGCAUCGUCACAAUUGAGUCAGGAGCACAGACUGGAGCACUCUUCCCCGGCUUCCAACGGCAAGGGCACGCCCAAACCAGCCAAAAAUGGGAGUCCGGCCACCAAGAUCAAAGCAUCGAAACCGAUUCAAAGUACGCCGCUGUCAAAAAAAGACAUUGAUGGGAUGUCUGAAAUAUCAGACACAAUGUCAUCGCCGCCAGCAAAGUAG